CUCAUUUGGUCCUUUCCGCAAUUCGUCCAGCCGUUCCCGUCCAUUAGCUUGAACCAGAGCCUUCUUAGCUACUGCUACAACCCUCCGUACUUGGUGACGAUGGUGAUUGCCGUUGAUGUCUCGGGUGCACAGGUUCUGACUGCGAGCUCCACUUACCGAACUGCGCUCUUGAGGAGCCUCGGCCCGGCACUCGGUCUCCCCGAUCUCUCCGCCUUUGUGCUUGCCGUUCAAAGCAUCAAUGCCACCGCAGGCACAGUAUCAAUUGUUGCGAUGCUACCGUCCAGUGUCUCGAGUGUCUACCCGACCUCUCUCAGCUUCAACAACGCCAUCACUGCACGAGAGAUGACAACGGCAUUCGCCAAGUCCGUCUAUGAUGCGGCUUCUGUCACGGCGGGUGCCGUGUGCACACCGGGGUAUUACGGUCCGACGUGCUCGACGCCUUGUACGACAUCUGCUUGCCGCGUGGUCUCGUCUUGCGUCAGUGUCGGUGGCACCGCACUCGCAUGCUCGAGCUGCAAUGCGGGGUACUGGGGCUCCCCAUUAUGCACCAAAACGUGUACCGUGCCUUCAACCGCGCGCUGUGCACUUGCGAUCUGCGAUCAAACGACGGGGUUCUUUCUCAGCUGCAGCGGAGCGUGCUACGCAGGUUACUGGGGGCCAAGUUGCCAAACUCCGUGUCCCGUGCCCUGGCAAUGCGCCACGGGAACCGCUGUCACGUGUGAUCCCGUCACGAGCAGCGUCGUCACGUGCAAGGCCUGCGCGGCAGGUUACUGGGGCAAGACCUGCCGGCAAGUGUGCCUCCCAUCGCUGACGUGUGCGUCGGGCGCGAGCGGCAACGUCAUCGCUUGCCCGGCGUGUCUCGAUGGGUUUUGGGGCGACUUGUGUCAGCACGCUUGCGUCGGCUACCCGACGUGUGCUUCUGACGCUCUCGUUUCGUGCGACGCGGUCACCGGCGGCAUGCCAGUAUGUCAUGAGUGCAUGGCUGGCUACUGGGGCAGCACGUGCCAAUCGAUUUGUAUGGCGUCCUCCGAGUGUGCGCCUGGUGCCACGCUCACGUGCAAUUGGGGCACCGGUGCGCUCGCGACGUGCCAAGGCUGCGUCACCAACUACUGGGGUGACGCCAUGCAACCAAGCCACGAGCCGUGCCCUCUCGUGCAGUAG